GGCCGCAGUGGCCGCAGCGCAACCGGCCGCCGCCCCCGGGCCCGUCCCGCCGGGGGCUCCGGGCGCCGCCAGCUCUUUCCGGAGCCAGGCCCGCGGGCGGCGGCGGCGGCCGAGCUGGGCAGGUGGCUGCGGCUGGAAGAUGGCGCCCUCGGGCCCGGGCAGCGUGAGGCGGCGGUGCCGGCGGGUGCUGUACUGGAUCCCGGUGGUUUUCAUCAGCCUGCUGCUGGGCUGGUCCUACUACGCCUACGCCAUCCAGCUGUGCAUAGUGUCCAUGGAAAACAUUGGAGAACAAGUUGUGUGCCUGAUGGCUUAUCAUCUACUUUUUGCAAUGUUUGUCUGGUCAUACUGGAAAACUAUCUUUACAUUACCAAUGAAUCCUUCAAAAGAAUUCCAUCUCUCUUAUGCAGAGAAAGAAUUGUUGGAGAGAGAGCCAAGAGGAGAAGCCCAUCAGGAAGUCCUUAGGCGAGCGGCCAAAGAUCUUCCAAUCUACACCAGGACCAUGUCCGGAGCAAUCCGAUAUUGUGACAGAUGCCAACUCAUAAAACCAGAUCGCUGCCAUCACUGUUCCGUCUGUGAUAAAUGUAUUUUGAAGAUGGAUCAUCAUUGCCCAUGGGUGAACAAUUGUGUUGGAUUUUCAAAUUAUAAAUUCUUCCUCCUUUUCUUGGCUUAUUCUCUGCUGUACUGCCUUUUUAUUGCUGCUACGGAUUUACAGUAUUUUAUCAAAUUCUGGACAAAUGGCCUACCUGAUACUCAAGCCAAGUUCCAUAUUAUGUUUCUAUUCUUUGCUGCAGCUAUGUUUUCUGUCAGCUUGUCUUCUCUGUUUGGCUAUCACUGUUGGCUAGUCAGCAAAAAUAAAUCUACAUUAGAGGCAUUCAGAAGUCCAGUAUUUCGACACGGAACUGAUAAGAAUGGGUUCAGCUUGGGUUUCAGUAAAAACAUGCGACAAGUUUUUGGUGAUGAGAAGAAGUAUUGGUUGCUACCCAUUUUUUCAAGUCUAGGCGAUGGCUGCUCCUUCCCAACUUGCCUUGUCAACCAGGAUCCUGAACAACCAGCUACUCCUGCAGGACUGAAUUCAACAGCUAAAAAUCCUGAAAACCAUCAAUUUCCUGCAAAGCCAUUGAGAGAGUCCCAGAGCCACCUUCUUACUGAUUCUCAACCUUGGACAGAGAGCAGCACACAUCUAGGAAAAGGCAAAGCUGGUCUGAGCAAUCCUGCAUUAACCAUGGAGAAUGAGACUUAAAUCUUCAAGAAAAAUAAAUUCACAUUUUAUAAAAAUACCAAGCUGUACAAGAAUGGAAGAGGCUUCCCACAGGAAGGUGCCGUUGGCCAGUUGUUCCUAUAUUCAUUCGGCUGGAUGGAUAUGCAGCUUCUCUCCUCUUCUCUUCUCUUCUCUUCUCUUCUCUUCUCUUCUCUUCUCUUCUCUUUUCUCUUUCUUCUCUCCUGUUUUCUUUCUUUUUUUUCUUUUCUUUUUUCUUUCAGCUCUUCUCUUCUCUUCUUUUCUUUUCUUUUCUUUCUUUUUCAGUGCUGGAGACAGUGUGCAGGGCCUUGCACAUGCGCUAGGCAAGUGCUCUACCACCGAACAUCAUCCCCAUCCCAGGAUAUACAGAAUAUUAACUGAUUAGUUAGCCCUUGCUUAAAGCAUAAUACAUUUAUUGUUAUAACUAACCUGGAAUCCUAUUAAGUAUUAAAAGUAGUUACGGCUUAUGAAUCAAAAGGGAAAUAUCUUCUGUCAAAAACUGGAAUAAAUUCAUGGGCCAGUUUUCAUCCAUAUAUUUGGGUUGCACAGUUUAUUACACAGAAAGCCCACUGGACCAUCCAACUUCUGAUUUAGACAAUUGAGACUAAUAUUAAGAUUUAAAAGAUUUGAAAUCAUAUUAUGAUAAGCUUUAUUUAUAAAACUUACUAGUUACUUUUAAGAAGACAGUGUCAAGAAAUCAAACUUAAAAUCGAACAUGAUUAUUUUCCCUCUGAUGUGAAUCUGACCUCAGGCUAUAAGUGAACUGUAGUUCACUUAAGUGAACUGAACUAUGAAUUCAUUACAUUGAUUAUGAAUUCAUUACAAAGUUUAAGUGGCCUGCAGUUGAAGAUCACUAAUUAAUCCUAAUUCUAAUCUUUGUUUCCUGCUAAAAAAUGAGUAUGAAGCUGAAGCUUGAGCUAACUGAUAAAGCAAUUGGCCAGAAAACUUUUGUCAGAACUAAUAUAGUGUUUUUGACAAAGUAAUUCUAAUACAUCAGAAAUGUAAUUUCAGCUCUUCUAAUCUUAGAAUGGGGGGAGGAGGUAAAAACCGUGUUAACAAUUAUGAAAUUUGGCAAUGAUAUUCUUUAAUUGGUUUUGCUUUUAUAGAAUCUCUUUUUAGAUUGUUUUUCUUAUUUAAUAUAGUGAAAAUAUUAAAUCUGUUAAGAAUUCCUGAUGGAUCACUGGAUUAACCCUGCAGUGAUAUUUGAAUUAUUUGUGUUCUCUCAUUAAAACAUGACAGUUCAUUUAUAUUUUUCCUCAAAUACCCAUUAAGAUUAAAUUAUGAAAAUCAGUAAGCAAAAAUCAUAUAUUUUUAAAUGGCGAACUGUUUGGGAAUUUAAGAUAAACUAAAAUGAUGUGUUUGUGGAUGCCAAAAUGUUUGGCUUCAGUAAGUACACUCAGAAGCUUUUGUGCCUUGUAUGCACUAUUUACAAGAAGAUCAUGACUCAUUUUUUUAAAAAUAUUGAAUUGAGUGUAAGUUUUUUAAAUGUUAACAAUUAGGGUAAGCUGUGUAUUUUCUUUGUUACUAAUUUGGGAAGUUAAAACUGAUUAUGUUUAAACUCAGCUAAGUAAUCAAUAUAAACAAAAGUCUAACACAACACGAAGCUAGAAGACCAGCACAUAGUGGUGUAGCAGAUCCUUGCAGUUACUCAUCCUCAUGAAAAAUAGAAAGAAUUUCAUAUGAAAUGUGUUCAUGGAAGAACCAGUGUCAACCAAGUCCAUUUUACAGUUUGAGUACAUUUUUUUAAAUAGUAGGAUGGUAAUUUUUUUCACAUUUUUUUAAGCUAAAAAGUUUGAUGACAAUCAGCUUGAAGAAAUCUCAGACAAUAUGAUACAUUUUCACUUUUAUCUUCAAGUAUUUUUUGGUCACUUAUCAUUACCUGAAGUGCCAGACUAGAACCUAGAGCUCCUGCUAGAACUCUUAAGGGCAACAGUAUGAUGUGACUUAUUAAGAAUUAUAUGCAAGCAGGUUUUUUGAAAGCACAGUACCUACUAUAACUAUUUUCCUGGACAGAAUUAAACUGGAAGCCAAGAAAAAAACAAAGAGGGAUUUUAACCUUUUACUCUACUACAAUCUUGUUAAUUUUCCUCCCUUUAGGUCUUUUAUGUACUUUCUUAAAUAUAUACGUCAACACAAAUUAGAAUGAGAUUUGAAAAAUUUUAAAAAUGAAUAAACUUUUUUUUUCCAUUAA